AUGGUAGCUUAUCGUAUUCGAAAUCGGAGCGGUACAACGACGGGGGAGGAGGAGAGAAUGUUGCGCAAUGCGCGUAUUUUUAUGAAACAUGGUUUUCGUUCAAUGUUUUGCAGCGAUAUGCAUUGUCAAUCACACCAUCUUUUACAUAAAUUUCCUUUACAGUACUCAUGUAUCGACUCUAGUCCGAUCUCGAUGUACAUAUCGCAUCCGUUUUGGAAUUGGCUAGUCACUUUUUAUCCGAGAACAUGGGCUCCAAAUGUGCUUACGCUUCUCGGAUGGUCACUUGUGAUGGGUUGUUUUCUGUUGGAAUCAGUGCUUGACUACGAUCUCACCGCAAAUAAUGAAGGAUCUGAUCAUCCUGUUCCUAACUGGUUCUGGUUAACAGCAGCGAUUUGUACCUUCCUUGGUUACACCUUAGACGGUACAGAUGGGAAGCAAGCAAGGCGAAUAGGUGCUUCUGGACCUACUGGAGAGUUGUUUGAUCACGGUCUUGAUUCGUGGUCUACGGUGCCAUUCACAAUCACCAUCUUUUCUGUAUUUGGAAGAGGUGAAUUCAGGUACUUCACCUCUUUUCGUAUUGUGACUGAUUCAUGGUCAAAUUCCUCUAACAGCGCUACUUUUAGCGUCUCUCCUGUACAUCUGCUGUGUAUUUUAAUAAGUGUACAGAUUGUGUUCCUUGUUACGCAUUGGGAGAAGUACAACACAGGUGUUCUAUAUCUCUCAUGGGGUUACGAUGCUAGUCAAUACGCAUUAACAUUUGUUUAUCUAUUUACUUAUCUUGUUGGUUAUGAGUGGUUCAAAUUUUAUGUCUACAAAAACAUUACUUUUGCCGAUAUUUUUGAGGCCAGCUUUUAUGCUUGUUGUCUUGGAUCUUUAAUAAUGUCUGGUUAUAACAUGUGGUAUUCGUAUGCUGUGGAUCACACUUUUAAACAGAAAUCUGUGUAUGAAGCAGUUCGUCCGGUGAUUCCUUGUGUCAUGCUGUUUGCUGUCUCCAUAUCGUGGGCUGUGUUCUCUCGCACUGAUGUCUUGCGGAACUGA